UUAUUGAUUACUUUCUCGUAAGAGAAGUUUGACAAAAAGUCAAAAACAACCUACCAUUUCAUUAAGUUUUGGUUAGUGUAGAAAAAAAAUGGUUACCCCUGUUAUUGCUAUGCCUAUGGCUAACAUUAUUGGAGUACCAUCUCUUCUACUUCAAGCACCCUUAACAAAUUCAAUCACUUUCACUCUCAACACCAAAAUCAAAACCCAAAAACAUAAACUUUAUCUCAAUUUCUCCCAACCCAACAACAUAACAACCUCGUUUUCAUCUUCCUUAUCAUUAUCACUUAGAAAUAAUGUCCAUUGUUCUGUGUUGGCUUGUCUUCCUCCUGCUUCUGAAUCCUCAUCUUCUUCAUCUUCUAAUUCCCGUUCAACUAGGCUGUAUGUUAGUGGGCUAUCAUUUCGCACAACGGAAGAGAGCUUGCGAAAUGCAUUUAAGAAUUUCGGUCAACUUGUGGAUGUCAAUCUGGUGAUGGAUAAAGUUGCGAAUAGACCAAGAGGGUUUGCUUUUCUUCGUUAUGCAACCGAAGAGGAAUCAAAGAAGGCUAUUGAAGGAAUGCAUGGAAAGAUUGGAAACACUUCUGCAGUUCCUGGACGGUAGGGUCAUAUUUGUGGAAGUUGCUAAACCAAGAUCAGAGCUAAGACAGGGAUCCAAGCAAUAACACAAUGUAGUUAUACUGAAGUUCCAUAGUAAAUUACAUGUUCAUCUUGGCUUGCAAUAUGCAGAAAGGAUCACAGUAGAAUUGGUUUAACUUCUACAUUAUACAUUGACACUAUCUGGAACCACUUCAAGCACAGAAACAUGGUUGCUAUUUCAUCAGUCUUUGCACUAUUGUGCAUAUAUCUGUCAAACUUCCAUGUCAUAUGUGGCCAAUGUGCUUAUUGACAGUGUAAUUUUUGUAGUCUCAUGUCAAUGGCUUCAAUCGAAGUAAUUUUUUUUUUUACCAGUAGCAAUCGAACUCGGCAUCUUGUAAUUCACAACAUUUGCAUCAACCACUUGCGCUAAACAACAUUCACACAACUUCA